CCUGGAGAAGCACAAGAAAAAUUUAUGCAGCUGCCUUUACCACAAUUAGAUCAGCUUAAAAAUAAUAUAGACCAGGAAUUAGAAUUUUUUUCUUCUUCCAUCACUCAACUGAGAAUUGCUCAAACCAAGUUACAAGAGUCAUGUGAUAGCCUGUCCAAGCUGAACAAAGACACUGAAGGAAAAGAAAUCCUUGUUCCAUUGACCAGCUCAUUAUAUGUUCCUGGCAAGUUAAGUGAUGUCAACAAUGUUCUUAUAGAUGUUGGAACAGGAUAUUAUGUUGAAAAGAAUGUCAUGGAUGCUGAUAAGUACUUCAAACGUAAAAUUGACUUUAUAAAUACUCAAGUAGACAAACUGACAGAUAUUCUUCAAGAAAAAGUCAAACUAAAACAAGCUAUUGUUGGAGUUAUGCAAAUGAAGAUCCAAGCACAGAUGAUGGCUCAACAAUCCACUGUAGCCAAGACAUAACAGAUCAACAAACCCAGAUUAUGGUGUGGAAGUUACUUUCCAAUUCAAAUUAGUAGUAAUUCUUUUCCCAGUAAUUUGUUUGAACCUUCAUUGAAUCCAUUUUACUUGAGAUUCUGAAUCCUGUGAAUAGAAAUUAAAUUUUUGAUGCCUAAUAUCAGCUAUGUUUCCACUUACAAAUCCCAUUUUUAAAAAGCAUUGUGUAAUUUUUGUUUACCGGUAACUCUCAUACAUGUUACUUCUUUAAAAAGUUUGGAAAUCUGUUUAUUUGGUGAAAAAAAUUAAUUAUGUAAUCUGAAAUUUGGUAGAAAAUAUUUUUUGAUGAAACAGAUUUUUCAAUUGACCUAACUUUCUCGAUCAAUUACAAACCCAGAAUUCCCUUCUCUAUAAAUUCAACAAUUACCCAGAAUUCCCUUCUCUAUAAAUUCAACAAUAACCCAGAAUUCCCUUCUCUGUGAAUUCAACAAUUACCCAGAAUACAUAUCUCUAUAAAUUCAACUACCUAUUCCUGACAUGUUAUAAUAAUACUGCAUUCAGUUGAUGUUUUUCUCUUUCGAUGUAGUGGAUUUAUUCACAGAUAUUGAAGUAAUUUGCUUUUUGUAUAUGGUUCUUUGCAAGUAAAAUAAACAUUUUUGUUUGUAAAGU